CAAGAGAAGAAAACCGCACUUACGGUAUUUUCGGAAAGAAGUGAUUCAGAAAAAUCCCUGGUGUCAAAACAGAGUGCAACACCGUAUACCGAUGCAACAAAUUGCAAAAAGUCAAGUAAUCACAUCAAACGGCCGAUGAAUGCGUUUAUGGUCUGGUCACAAUUGGAACGACGGAAGAUCUGUGAACAUCAGCCCGACAUGCACAAUGCUGAAAUUAGCAAGCAGCUUGGUUCGCGUUGGAGACAGCUGACCGAAGAGGAGAAGUCGCCCUUCGUCGCGGAAGCUGAACGACUCCGCCUUAUGCAUAUGCAGGAAUAUCCUGACUAUAAAUACAAGCCACGUAAGAAGCCGAAGAAGAACCCGGAUGGAACGAUUCAAAAUCCGAAUCCACUGCGCUAUAUAAAUUCUCCAAAUUUUGGAGCGUAUCAUGCCUACACAAACCACCGAGUAUUUACCAAUCAAUCGAUCACAUUUCAGGAGCCACGUCUGUUCCAUCCAUCCUUCCCAUCACCGUCAGAUUUCGGUCAAGCUCCUUUAACACCUGAAUCAGGCUUCUACGAUGAUUACUAUGGACCAGGUGGAGCUUAUACGAAUCAGGCUGCUUCCAGCCCACCCAAUCACCUGCUUAUGCCUAUGCAUAGAUUGGUAAGAGAUAUUGAUUCGAUCGAUUUUGCUUCGCCAAACCAAUAUCGUUUUGCUUGA